AUGUUCAACCCCAACGCCCCCAACCCCCGCCGCCCAAGCCACAGCCUCAACACCCCCGUCCCAAUCCUCAUUGACUCAGACGAAGAAAUCUCCGACGCAGACAACGAGAGCGAGAAUGAGAGCGGGAGCGAGAACGACUCUAUGCAGGUCGACGAGUAUCCCCAGCACCAGACGCGUGAAACGGGCGGUUACAAUCUAGCGGGUCUCGACCCAACAAUGCAGUUCUCACCCGCUGAUCCCCGCGUGCGUGGCCAUCGCCAACAUCACCACCACCCCCACCCCCACCAUCAACACGGAACGUACCAUACCUCCAUCGAGCAGGAGAAGAAAGUCCGCAGUCGACUGCGUGAAGAGCGCCAUGCUGCGCUUUGUGUGUUGAUGGAUAGGGAGCUGCUUACUAUUCAGGCGUUGGCUGCGCAGGAGACCCUCCCCCAAGCCCGCCGCCGCUUCCUCUCCAAACUAAUGGCCCCCGAAGACGCCGACAUCGCAGCCUCCAUCCGCGCAGACAGAUUCACCAUCCAGCCCAACACCACCACCACCAGCAGCAGCAGUACCCAAAAACGCCACCGUCCAUCGUCGCCCUCCGCACCGCAGUCAUUCGUCACCUCGUCAGCAUCAUCGGGGUCCACACCCAUCACCGUCCACCGGAAGAUCGUAGACGCGUACGGCGUAGAUGAUGAUGGGUGGAAGAGGCCGGAGCCGGUUGUUCCGCCUGGUUCGGCCUCUCGCUCUGGUGGAAGGACGUCGUCUGGGUCGGCGUCGCCUGCGCCUUCUUUUUCUGGCUCGUUGAGGAGGGAGAAUACGACGCCGUCGAAGGGGAGGGCUGUUUCGGGGUCUGGGUCUGGGUCUGGGUCUGGGGCGGGGUCUGGCUCGGCGAGUCGGAGAUUACAGCGGGAGCGGGAGUUGGAGAGACGGCGGAGGGAGGGGUUUGAUGAUUAUGAUGGUGAUGAGGGGGUUUUUUGA